AUGGUACAAAUUAAAAGAUUCUUUUCCAAAAUCGGAAAUAAAAUUCAUAAAAAUAAAAAUCCAUCAAAAUCAAAGACACCAACUUCACAUAAUCUUCAAACUGCGAAAUAUGAACCAGUUUUAAUUCCCACAGCAAUUACAAAUUCACCAACAAAAGUUUCAUCUCAAUCUCAAUCAAUAGUUCUACCAAAUUCAAAUCUUAGAUUAAAUUUAGAAUCUAUAAUCAAAGGUAUUCAGGAGAAUAGAAUCUUAGAAGUGUUUGACAAGUUCUAUCAUCAAGAUAUAGUGAUGAAAGGUUUCUCAAGUAAUGCAACUGUACAUGAAGCCAAAGUCCUUAAGAUCAUUGUUGAUGCUGACAACACAGGAUAUGAAAUGUAUAUGGAUUUCACAUAUGCUGGAAACAGAAUGCAAAAGACUCAAUGGGCAUUCCAACAGUGGAAAAAUAAUAAAUAUCUAUUCUAUUACAUUACACCUUCAGAACAAGAUCAUGAUCAUGAUCAUUCAACAAUGUUAUGUUAUCCAAUAGUUAGUGGCAAUUGUGGAUUAUUCUCAUCAUCAUCAUCUUCAUCAUCAUCAAAAAACAUAACUCCAUUUAAUAGAUUUUCACAAUCCAAUUAUAAUACACUUUUGAUUAUUUUUAUACAGAUAGGCACCAAACAAAUUGACACCAAUAACCAUGAUUAUUUCUUGACAAUAAAAUAA